AUGUCAAAAUCUUUGAAAAUUCGUGAAGUUGAUAGGUUUCUCGGGCAAGUAACUUGCCUGGCCCACGUUGCCAAUGCCAACAAGAUUGGAAAGCAAAAGCUUACCGGAAGGCAGUUAGAGAUGUUCAAGAAAACAGUUUUUGGUCGCUUUUUAGACAUUGAACUUGUAUUCAAUAGCCCACUAAUCCACCAUAUGUUAUUGAGGGAAGUGAAAAAGUCAGGAAUGGACUCAAUUAGUUUCUUUGUCAGAGGAAAGGUCGUCACAUUUUCGAAGGACGACUUUUUAUUGAUCACUGUAUAUUACACAGAGGUUGCAAUGAUGGGUAAAAACAAGCAAAAGAAUGUUGUCGAUCGUACUCUAUUUGAUGAUGUUGAAGACAUAGACCACUACAACAAUCUUGAUUGGGGUACAAUUAUUUGGCAGAGGACACUCGACGCCAUGAAGACCGCACUUAAUGACAAGACAAAAGUCAAAGAGGGUCUUGUCAUGUCCGAUACUGAGAAGGAGUUUCGGGACACCUCAAUUGAUAGACGGGUCGUAAGACAAGCACACUCCGACAUCGAGAGUUUAGGGAGCUCUAAUAGUUCAAAUAGUGGCAGUAGUUCAUAUAAUAAUAGUUCAGAAGGUGGGGAAGGUGAACAGUAG